AGUCAUUACUUCAGUUACUCGUUAAACAGUCAAAUAUAUUUAACAAAAUAUAAUUUUAAUCAAUCUAUAAAGUUAAAAUAAUUAUUGUUUUAAAUAAUAAUUAAAAUAUUAUUAGAGGUAAAAUCAUGCCAAAUGACCAAUUAAUAAUGGAAAAUCCUUACAAUUUACAUCAAGGAAGAAAAGUUAUAAUAAAUAUGGAACUAUUUAGACUCUACGGAUUUUAUCAGUUAUUGAAUCCGAGAACUAAAAGGGUUUUUGGAUUUAAGAUUUACCUAUUAGCACAUAUGACAUUUAUCAUUCUGAACGCAAUAAUUGUACUCUACAGUUUAACAGGCAUAAUUUAUGCAGUUUUUUACGGAAAACUAAUUACAUAUGAUCAACUUUUUGAAUUGUUAUUCUAUUACUGUAAUUAUCCGUUUUGUCUCUACAAAUUAUAUACACUGAUAAAUAAUUCCAACUUCAUAUGGAAGUUUUAUGAUAUCGCUUGUGUGAAUUUUUUGCCUAAUUCAUAUGUGCAACGGGCCAAAAAAAUAAUGAAUAAUUAUAUUGGUUUAAGUAAAACAUUUACUUGGCUCUGUCUUGUGUUUUUCAUUCUAAUCAUUUGUGUUUGGAGUAUUUUUCCAUUAGUUUUUGGUCGAAAUCUGAAUGAAUCAAGUAUUCUUAAUUUAAUGUAUCCAGUUUCCUCUAAAACUUUUGAAAAAUAUUUUUAUAUAUUUUACUUAUUGGAAUUCAGUCUGUUGACUUUCAUUAUGUAUGCGAUUCUGAUGUUUGAUAUUUUUAUAGCAUCAUUUUGUUUUGCUAUAACUGCACAGUAUGAAACUAUUAUGAAAAGUGUUAAAAAAUUGGGUACUACAUACGAUCUCACUAGUGCAAACAAAGAAGAUAGUCAAAUAAAAUAUUGCGAAGAUUUAAAAAAUAUUAUAAUUAACUACCAAAAAGUUAAUACGAAAUUGAUGGAUUUUUUCGGGGUUAUACGUCGAGUUAUUUUAAUUCAAAUAGCUGAUUUUUCCAUUGGACUUGUGAGCUUAGCAUACUUACUUGUACUGCGAUUAUCUAAUAACAAUACAAAAAUAGUUGAUCUCAAAUUGGUUAUCUCAUUUAUAGCUAUAGCAAUUGAAUUUUUUAUGGAAUGUUAUUUAUUGGAACUUGUAACAGAAAAGAAAGAAGAAUUCAACUUAAAUUUGUUUAAAUGCAAUUGGACAAAUAUGAACUUAAAUUUUAAAAAAUGGAUGUUAUUAACUCAAAAACAAAACAACGCUAAUCAGAUUAACUUAAAACUUUCACCUAAAAAAAUAAUUAGCGUUCAGCUAUUUUUAAGCGUAAUAAAUACUUCCUACACAGUUGUAUCUGUAAUACUUAACACUAUAUCAAGCCCAGAUAAAAAAUAAUAAUAAAUGCGGUAAUUUGUUUAGUAUGAGCAUAAAUAUUGUAAACAAAAAUAUAUGUAUAGUUUAUCUUAAAAUUUAGACAAC